AUGCUGCUCCGGCUGAAGAUCAUCGGCGUCCACUCGGUGGUGCUUCCAGUUCCAGGCGGCCACGACAACCAUGGCGCCUGCUACGCGGCAGCGCCCUGCUGCUGGCGUCGCAGCCGGAGGCCGGCGGCGGGUAGCGCCGCCGCGAGGCGGCCGAGGGGGACGAGCGCCACGGUGGUGAUGGCGCUCAAGGAGGAGCCGGAGGGCAGCCGCAGCAGCUGGGACCCCGGGCUGGAAAUCCAAGUCCCCUUCGAGCAAAGACCGGUGAACGAGUACUCUGCUCUCAAGGAUAGCACCCUCUACUCGUGGGCGGAGCUGAGCCCAGGCUCCUUCUUCCUCCGCCUCGGCGGCCUGUGCCUGGUGACCUUCACUGUACUCGCGGCCCCAAUUGCAGCCGCAAGCUUCAAUCCAGGAAAGGAUCCACUCAAGUUUGUGCUAGCAGCUGGGAUCGGGACGCUGCUUCUGGUGUCAUUGGUGGUUCUCAGGAUCUAUCUGGGAUGGAGCUAUGUUGGUGAUAGGCUGUUGUCAGCAGUGGUACCGUAUGAAGAAACCGGAUGGUACGACGGCCAAAUGUGGGUAAAGCCACCAGAGGUGUUGGCUCGUGACAGGCUCUUGGGAUCUUACAAGGUAAAGCCGGUGAUCAACCUGCUGAAGCAGACGCUGGUGGGCACCGGCGCGCUGCUCGUCGGCGCCGUGGCGCUCUUCGCCUUCGCCGCGCCCGUCGAGGACUUCCUCCACGCCCUGAACCAGCCUCCCUCCGCCGCGUCGUCCAAGCCAAGCUUGAGGAAGGAGGAGCUGCUGCGGCUACCUGUGGAGGUGAUGCAGGACGACGACCUCGCCGCGGCCGCGGCGGAGGCCGCCGACGGCCGGCCGGUCUACUGUAGGGACCGCUACUACCGGGCGCUCGCCGGCGGGCAGUACUGCAAGUGGGACGACCUGCUCAACUGA